UGGAACGAUCGCAGUUUGGUCAUUCUUGAAUAGUUAUUGAUAUUGUGAAGACGUAUAUAUCGUCCUCUCUGAAUUUUUUUGCGAAAACUUUUUUGUCACCUGAAUCGAAUACCAAUAAUCGGUCAUGGCAGCCAGUGAAUCAAACGAAAACAACCAUACUGAUAAAUGGUUUGAAGAUUUGGAAAAUAUGAUGUAUCGCAAUUUGGAUUUGGAAGCGGAAUGUACCGUCAAAUACGCAGAAUGCAACGCAUUGGAACAAAAAUACCUUCUGCUUCGGCAAACGUUGACAGACACGAAAGUCAAGAUAAACAACUUGUCCAAAGAGAACAACUUUGUGGUUGAUAUGAUCACACGUUCGCUAAAUAUCGGACAGGAAAAUCGUCGCAAAAUCGAUGAAUUGGAAAAGAAAAAAUGUAACGAUGAAAAGGCGGCAAAGGUGCAAGAACUCAAAGACAAGAUUGCGAUAGUGGAAAAGAAAAUAGGUGAAUUGAAAAACAAUGCGCCGAUCGACUAUUCGAAGGCUCAGAAGAAAAGCGAGGGAAAUGGCGUUGGCGUCGUGAAAGUCGAGCCGAGUGAUGAUUACUCUGUUCAGAUGGAUUUCAUGGAAAAAUACUUUCGUCGCAGCCCGCCAUGCUCAAAAGUGAGCUCAACAUUGAACGACCAUUCAAAUUCAUCGGAUUCAGUAUAAAAUGAAAACAUACAACAAUCCUUC